AUGGCCUGGGCAUUAUUUUCGGGCCGCUCUCUGCUGACGCGGCGCUCGGACGUGCGGCUGGACACGGAGCGGGAGCUGCGCCGGGCUCUGGAGAACCGCGUGCUGCUGCUGCUGUUCUCGGCCCGGCGCUGCCCGCGCUGCCGCGGGUUCGAGCCCCGGCUCCGCCGCUUCUGGAGCCGCCUCACCGACCCCGCGCACGUGGAGCGGCCCGAGCAGGUGAGCCUGGUGUACCUGGGCAUGGACAGGUGCGAGCAGGAACACCGCGACUACGUCAGGAACAUGCCCCGAGGAUGGAUGGCGCUGCCCUACGGGGAUGAGCUGGGCAGGGAGCUCCAGCUCCGUUUCGGGGUGUCGGAGCCGCCGGCCGUGGUGGUGCUGGACCCCGGCGGAUCCGUCCUGGCGGGAAACGCCGUGCGGGAAAUCCGCGACUCCGGAGCCUCCUGCUUCCGCGGCUGGCGGGAAGCGGCCGAGCUGCUGGACAGAAACUUCCAGGAGCCGCAGGAGGCCGAAGGCUCCGUCCGGCGCAGCCUGACUGAGCCACUGAGGAGACUCAAGUACCGAAUGAGGGAGGAGGAGGAGGAGGAGGAGGAGGAGGGGGGGAAGGAGGAAGAGGAAGGGGAGUAG